AGUGCCUGAAAGUGUGCGAUUUGCCGGAGGACAUGGGGGUUAAAAUAGAGGUUUUUAGGAUGAUGGUCUACCUGUCGUUUCCAGUGGCCAUGUUUUGGAUAUCGAACCAAGCAGAAUAUUUUGAAGAAUAUAUCGUGAAGAGAAAGAGGGAGAUCUUCCCCCCUGAUGAGAAAAUGCAUAGGCAAGAGCUGGAGGAUUUCAAGGUACGAAUGAGAAACAGAAGAGAGCAGAAGAUGCAGAAACAGAUGGGCAUGGAGUCUGAGGAUUGACUAUAAAAUGUCAUUUUGUCAUAAUGCUAACUUGGGAUCAAGCCUUAAAAUAAAACACUUUUCCCAGAGCUCUAAUCCAUAUAUUUAUAACUAUAUGUAUAUAUAUAAUUAUUUUUUUUUUUUUUUUUUUUUUUUACUUUUUGUUGUUGCAUAAUUUAAUUUAAGGAACAGGUGGGGAAUGCAUGUUUUUGUAAAUUUACUGUGUAUGUCUUUAAACAGUCUCACAGUGUAAAUGACUAUAUAUUAACACUGCUUUGAUGUUGAAUUGUGUUUUUUUUUUUUUCAUAUUCAUAAAGAAUUAAAGUAAAUUUCUUUUUUUAAUAAUUUACAAUGCUUUAAAACUUUUAGUGACUCAUAACUGCAAAUGAUCUGCUCAUCUGCCCAUUAGAAUAAGUGCUUCUGAUGUCAUUGAGUCUAUAUUCUAAAAAUAACUAUUAACUCUUAAAAAAACAAUAACAUUCUAUUUGCCUUUUUUAAUAUUCUAUAUAAUAAUAAUAAAAAAAUCUAAGUUUCUUCCUGAUGCAACACAUUUACAAGAAUCAAGCAGCAUGAUAUGCUGUGAAAUGACCAUUUUUGUAUGGCCAUGGCACUGACUGCUGGCAAGCGCUAAUGGAGGCUGGAAGGGAUUUUGCUGCUCUCCUGCGAGCUCGUUCCACUUUGAGGAGACUCUGGUAGACACACAGCUACAUGGGCUAGCUAAUGUCCCCCCUGUCAAGAUGGAUCUUUUGAGAGGUUGAGAACUCCUUGAAGGCAGCUUUAUCCAAGACUCGUAGAGGUGAUAGAUUAGGCAGUUUCUGGUUACACUGUACAACACUGCCUUCUGGAGGACUACUCGUGAUCUCAUAUCAAAUUCAAUACUCACUUCUCAAGGUUUAUUCCUGUUCAUUCAAUCAAGACAAGACUACUGAAUAUAUUCAUGUUCAUUAACAUUUAACGGAUUAGCAUUCAGAUGAAACGGCUUUAAAGGAAUAUUCACAAGUUAACUCGAUCGACAGCGUGUGGCAUCGUGUUGAUUAUACCACAAAAAUGAACUUCGACCUCCUUUUCUUUACAAAAAUCGAGAUUACAGAGAGGCACUUGCAAUUUGUAUUUAACAACUGAAAAUGGCAUAACAUUAACUUUCACAUUCACGUUCUUAGGUAAAUA